CAAUACCAAUAGUGCUUGGCCCAACGGCAUUACCAAAUCCAAAAUAUUGCAAAGGUGCAAGUGUAUAUGUUGUCCGAAAUGAAGUUAAUUUUUGUUAUUGCUUGUAUUUUCCAUGCAGUAUUUGCAAGAAAGCUGGAAUCCGAAGUUAUAGACGGAUGGGAGGCACUGGUUGCACCCUAUUUAGAUGAGUGCGUAAGGAUAACCGAGGUCGACCCUGAUGUUCCGAGGACGAUCUUCAGGAAUAACCACUUACCCAACGAAACGACCUUCCAUUGUUUCUUGCAUUGCGUGUUUCACAAGCAGGGAAUGAUAACUUCCGAAAAUUUGCUGGAUCAAACGCGAAUGUUGGAAGGAAUACCCUCACUGACGGCCGAAUUGGCGCAGACUUGUAUCGAGGGAACCAAAGGCGGAAAAGAGCUAUGCAAAAGAAUCUAUGAUUUGGUUGGAUGUAUUCUAAACGAUUAAAUAUCCUCAACGGUGAUAGUGAUUAGCAAUAAAACGUUGUGUUUUCAAAUAUAUAGCUAUACAAUAAUAAAACGAUUUUCCAUCCAU